ACAUCGCAACUUCCUACUCCAACAUGAAACCAACUUCAUCCGCGCUAGCAUGUUUAGGUAGCUAGUUGCUUAAUUGGCCAACCCGUUGUGUAAAGUUUGUAUUUUGUAUUGAAGAAAAGACUAUUCAAUAAUGGAGAAGUUAUCCCUGAAAACGUGACAGCUCCUGAAGAUGCGUACAAGUCUGGUGUACACCAUAGACUGUAAAAAAUAGGUGUACACCAACGGCUUCAGUGUAGUUUAAGUUUGGCUUGCUUGGAACUACAUUUCCCAUCAGCGCGUACAAUAAACGUGUUUUUGUAGGAAGUGCCUCUGCCAGAGCUUUACUGUGUCAUCCGGUUGGACAGUCGAGGACUGAGCUUGGACGAAAACUGUAGCAAGUCCAUCGAUAUAUGAAUGCACACACGCAGAAGACUGCGUUUGCGACGUAUGGACGAAGCAGUGACUGACUGAAGCUGAACGUGUCAAGGUGAUGAUCAGUCCCUGACUGAGCUCUCCAUCACUCGUCCAGAUUGAGCCAUGAAUAAACAACCGUCCAAAGAGAGUGUGAAAGACAAAGUCAAAGCUAUCUUUGGCCUGGGACCUCCUCGGCCACCGAGCAAGCAGAGUGAGACUAAGCUGUCCGAGUUGAUAAUAACCACCGACAUUCUAAAGGAGCUCCAUCCGGACAAUGGCUUAAGCAACCGUGUGCGUGUGAUGAAUCAUGUCUGCGAUCUCGCCAAAACCAAAAAAUUUGAGGAGCAUGCAGUGGAGGCAGUGUGGAAGGCGGUGGAGGACAUGCUGGCUCCAGAGCAGCCGCCUGAGGCCAGGCAUGCUGUCCUGCUGCUGCUGAGGGCCAUUAUUCAGGGACAGGGUGAGCGUCUUGGCCCUCUGAGAGCCUACUUCUUUAAAGUGAUCAGGGAUUACCAGCCUUGUAAUGAGGACAUCUCGGACAGGCUGGAGGUCUUUAAAGCGUUGACGGAGAAUGGCAAAGACAUCACGUACCUGGAAGAGGACAUAGCACGGUUUGUCCUCCUGUGGAUGGAAAUCGGACUCGCCUCAGAUUUUCUGAAUGUUCUCGUAAAUCUGGUGAAGUUCAACAGCUGCUACCUUGACCAAAAUGUCUCCAUCAUGGUUCAAAAAAUCUGUCUCCUGUGCAACAGGACAACAUCGUCAACAGAUAUUGAGGUGGCACUUCAAGUUCUGGAUGCAGUGGUGUGUUACAACUGCCUGCCCUCCGACUCUCUCACCGUCUUCAUCAUCACACUCUGUCGCACCGUCAACGUGAAGGAGUUUUGUGAAUCCUGCUGGAAAUUGAUGAGGAAGGUUUUGGGGACUCACCUCGGCCACAGCGCCAUUUACACCAUGUGCCGUAUAAUGGAGGAGAGGGUGUACAUGGAGGAUGCACCGCUGCUGAGAGGAGCUGUGUUCUUUGUCGGGAUGGCACUUUGGGGUGCACACAGACUGCCCGCCCUGAAGAAUACACCCACACUCGUUCUGCCAUCUUUCUACAAGGCCAUGUCGUGUGCCAAUGAGGUGGUGUCCUAUGAGAUCGUCCUCUCCAUCACCAGACUGAUCAAGAAGUACGGCAAAGAGCUGCAGGUGGUCACCUGGGACAUUCUGCUGGGAAUCAUAGAGCGGCUGCUGCAACAGAUCCAGAUGAUAGGAAGUGCAGAGCUGAAGGCCAUCGUCUAUGAGCUGUUGACGACAGUGGAGGAGCUGUACGAGCAGAACGGUUAUCACGGCUCCACAGAGAAGUUCUUCUGUCUGGUGGAGAAAUGUGCCGACAAACGACCUGAUGCUUCAGUGCUGACCCUCAUCUCGUACAGGGCUCAGUCUAUUCAGCCUGCCAAGGAUGGCUGGAUCCAGAGCCUGCACCGCCUCAUGGAGAAAUUUUUCAGAAAUGAGACUCGCAGCGUGAUAAGGAUUAAAGUGCUUCAUAUCCUGUCCUUUGUUCUCAGUACCAACCGUCAACUUUACGAGGAUGAGUUGAUAGAAAUGGUCGUGAUCCCCCAGCUCAGUGGAAUAGCUGAAGACCGGGACCUGGCAGUCAGGAAACAGGCCACCCAGCUGCUGGUGGACCUGGCUGAGGGCUGCAACACACACCACUUCACCAGCCUGCUGGACAUCAUUGAGCGGGUGUCUAGCCGCUCUUUGGUGUGUUCAGGGCCCCUGGAGGUUUCUGAGAGAGACCCCACAGCAGAAUCUCCAAUGGAGGACGUCAGGACUGCUAUACUGGGCCUGCUGGAGAUUCUGCAGAGCAAACUCUACAGCCUACCAGCCACUCAUGCGAGUCGUGUGUACGAGCUGCUGAUCAGCCACCUGCAGCUUCACUACAAGAACAAGUACUGCUCAGCUAUUGCCUCCAGUAUUAGACUCCAGGUGUUUGACUUCUUUCUGAUGAUGCGAGCAGACUCACUCCAUCGUCUCGGAGUCCCCAAUAAAGAUCGGGCCAUUAGGUUCAGCCCUUAUUGCUACUGUGACACCGGUGAGCCAGAGAAGCGUGUCAGUGAAAAGAAACCUGCUGGUUCAACAUCUCCUCCUGCUGGCAGCCCCGCUCCCCCUGCUGCUCCUUCUGCUUCAGCAGCCUCAUCACGCUCAGCCUACCUGCCCUAUGCCCCUGCCUUCAGUGUCCUCCUGCAGUGCCUCAAGAUGGAAACGGAUUGGAAGGUGCUGAAGCUUGUGCUCGACAAGCUGCCGUGGACGCUGCAGUAUAAAGUUCUGCUGCUCACAUCACCGUGUAGCUUGGAUCAGCUCUGUUCCACACUCUGCUGCAUGGUGACUGAUCGACUGAUCUCGGAGCGCUUGAAGAAAACUCCAGAGGGGUUUUCUCGCACUGAUGUUCAGCUGGCAGUGGUUCCUGUCCUCACAGCCAUCACCUCCUAUCAUAACUACCUGGAGCAGUCCAGACAGAGAGAGCUGGUUCAGUGCCUUGAGACCGGACUCAUUUACCGCUGUGCCAAGCAGUGUGUGGUAGCUCUUACAAUGUGCACGGUGGAAAUGCCUGACAUCAUGAUUAAGCUCCUCCCCGCUCUCAUCGUCAAGCUCACCCACAUCUCUGCAACUGUUGCCAUGGCAUCCCCUAUGCUCGAGUUCCUCUCCACUCUGGUGCGUCUACCCCAUCUCUACGCCAACUUCGUCGCUGAGCAGUAUGUCAGUGUGUUUGCCAUCUCUCUCCCCUACACUAACCCUUCCAAGUUUAACCAGUACAUCGUGUCCCUGGCCCACCACGUGAUCGCCAUGUGGUUCAUACGCUGCAGACUCCCCUUCCGCAAAGACUUUGUUCAGUACAUUACAAAGGGUUUGCGCUCAAACGCCUUGCUGCCAUUCGAUGACGGUCACGAGCAGAGUUCGUUUCGUGCCCGGAGCACCAGCCUCAACGAAAGGCCCAAGAGGAUGCACACCUCAACCACCACAUGCAGUCUAGGCUCUGCCGAUGAAAACGCGGUGACACAGGCGGACGAGGGGCUGAAGACGGUCCACCUGGAGCUCACAGAGACCUGUUUGGACAUGAUGGCACGAUAUGUCUUUUCCAACUUUUCCGCUCUGCCCAAAAGGUCUCCCAUUGCAGAGUUUCUUUUGGCAGGAGGUCGCAGCAUGACUUGGCUGGUUGGCAACAAGCUGGUGACGAUAACAACCAGUGGAGGAGUCAGAACCCAAGCGCUGCUGGGCCUGGACAUGGCUGAGCGGCUUGGAGGUGGAGGGGAAAUGACAAGGUCUGAUCCAUCACUGCACACCCGAAUUACCAAAGAGGCUCCGGCCAAACUGGAGUCUCAGUCCAGCCAGCAGCACAACCGAGCCACACGCAUACGAGUCCGCUCCAUGUCAGGUGGUCACGCUCUACGUGCCGGUCCAGCUCAGAGCCUCAGUCCUCUGGUGUCCCCCUCUGAGGGCGAGCUAGCUGCUCCUCUAUCUCCCCCGUCGAGUUCCAACCUGGACGGUCUUGGUCCUCCAUCCUCUGCCUCUGCCACCCCGUCUGCUCCCCAGCCUCUUAAAGACAACCCCAGCCUGGCUGAGUUUGUCCCCAUGCUCACACAGGGCUGGGCAGAGAUCUUCAUACGGAGACCGUCAGGUAACACGAGCUGGCUGAUGUGUCUGGAGAACCCUCCCAGCCCCUUCUCCUCCGAGCUCGGCAACAUGCCGCUGCAGGAGCUCUCCAGCGUCCUCAUGGCCAUGGAGGGCGUGAAGGAGCCUCCAACCCAGACAGCAAGCGCUCCCGCCAGCACCGCCGCUCCUGCCCCCGCCCCCGUCUCCGAACCCCAGAUCCAAACACUCAGCAAUGUCGGAGGGAAGCCAAACCUGAUCCAGCGCUCCAACACAGACUCUGUUGUUGUGCUGGAGGAGGGCUCAGGGGUCACCACAGCACAGACUCCUGAUUGGCUAGAAAGUGAAGAGUUUGAGCCAAUGACGUCUGAUCCAAUCUUCAUGUCUACGGACAAGUUCACAAAGAUCCCGCUGCCUGGCACGCUCAGCAGGUCCUCCUCAACCUCCAGUCAAGAUGAUGAAAAGUCGACACUGGAAGAAGUGAGUGAAGGAGCAAUUCCUAUUGAUCAGCCCACUGCAGGACCCUCCACCCCAGGUAGCCAGGGGCCUGAGCUCCCCUUCCAGACCCACCCUCAGUCCCAGGGUCACGGACUUAACAAGUCCAGCUCCUCUCCUGAGCUCCAAACAUUACCUGAAGCCUUUUCCAAGGCGGCUCUGGAGUCCGAGACUCCCUCAGGAGACACAUUAUGGCCCAAAACGCCUUUGGAUAGCAAGCCUCCGCCCCAGCAGCCUCAUGUAGAGAAAGAGAAGGUGGAGGGAAGCACAGGAGGGGAUGUUAACGGUCUAACAGGACCGAGCCAAGGGGGGGAAAGUCCAGGUGUUGUGUCAUCUCAAAGUGGAGGAGGAGCACGGAUGAAGUUAGAGUUUCCAACAGCAGCAGCACAACCUGGACCGAUUUCUCCCAGUGGAGGCCACCGUCCUCGAGGUCACACCAUCUCAGUGUCUGCCCCCUCCUCCAGGAGGGAGAGGAGGACAGAGAGGGACUCGUACCACAGUCGACCUGGACCAAACAACACGGAGAAGAUCUCUGGACUGAGCCCCAGCUUUGUCUUCCUCCAGCUGUACCACUCUCCCUUUUUUGGGAAUGAGGCCAACAAACCUCUGCUGCUGCCCAAAACUCAGGUGAUUGACCGUGCUGUGAAGGUUCUGGACCAGAUGCCUCCAUACGACACCCAUAAGAUCGGCGUGGUGUUUGUUGGAGCCAGUCAGGUCAGCAAUGAAGUCGCCAUCCUGUCAAAUGAAUACGGAUCGAACCGCUACGCUGCCUUCCUCACAGGCCUGGGCAAAUUAAUCCAUCUGAAAGACUGCGACCCCGACCAGAUCUUCCUUGGAGGGCUUGACCAGUACGGUGAUGACGGAGAGUUCACCUACUGCUGGCACGACGACAUCAUGCAGGCGAUCUUCCACAUAGCUACACUGAUGCCAAACAGAGAGAGCGACAAAGGCUGCUGCAACAAGAAACGACACAUUGGCAACGACUUUGUAAUGGUUGUGUACAACGACUCGGGAGAGGACUACAAACUGGGAACCAUAAAGGGCCAGUUUAACUUUGUGGAAGUUAUUAUUAAACCUCUGGAUUAUGAAUGUAACCUGGUCACCCUCCAGUGCCGCAAAGACCUGGAGGGGCUGGUGGACACAACCGUGGCAAAAAUCGUGUCAGACCGCAACCUUCCUUUCUUAGUCAGACAAAUGGCUCUGCAUGCAAAUAUGGCUUCUUUGGUGCAUCAGUACAGAGCCAACCCCUCUGAUGCGUAUGCGUCUAAGUGGUUGGCAAGAUUACGGCACAUUAAGAGGAUCAGGACCAGGGCUCAGGAAGACAUCCAGUCUCGCUCGACGCCCGGCAUCUCUCUAACUCAAGGGCACACUCAGCAGAACAAGUCUUUUCAGCAGAGCACUCAGGCCUCAAACCCAGAAUCCUCAGGGCAGAGGAAAAGACUUGUAUCGACGGUGGAUGACUUCACAGAUUUUGUUUGAUUACAUCUCUUUUACUGGCAGACACACACACACACACGACCGUAGACAUGCACACACCUGCCUUAGAGCUGAGGUGAGUUCACUCUCACCUGUGUGGAAGAAUUCAGGAGGACACACUGAUUUUGACCUCAACUAUAUGGGACUUUGUAUCAGAGAAAUCAGGAGCUUCAAGGCUUAUUUUGUGAUGAAGUAUUGAUACGUGAAGAAGAAGGUAAUUUCUGCAUAUUUUUCAACAUCUUUGAAACGCUAAUGCCUCGCACUUUGUAGGACUAAUCAUAAUGCUUCUGACGUGCAACAUGAGAUGAGUAAAGUUGUUCAGACACUACAUUUGGGAGCAGGAUGUGUUUGUAUGUAAAUAUGUGUGUGGAAUAAAAAGUACAUUUGAAAGAA